AAACCGCGCAUGCUCAUUAUGAUUUCGGUGACGCUGCUAUUGUUGUCUUUUGCCCGAUUCCAGCUGAUUCGUGUCGCUUGACAGCAGUGAUGUAGCUCUCGGCGGCGGGACUGCAGCCUGCUACAACCAGCUACCCCCCGCCGCUGUUCCGUUACCGGGCUCCGGAGCUCCGUGAAGCCGCGGCGGCUCCGUUGUGAGCUAGCUGCUAAGUUUAGCGUCCGUGCUAGCCGCGCGUGAACUCAAACUGGUGUGACUGUGAGUGUGCGAUGAGGAGCCGCCUUUCGUUGUUGGUGUCCCGGCCAGCCGAGUGACCCCACUCCGCCGGCGGACCCCGGUGUGCGCUGUGUGAGCGGAGGACGCGGCCGCUGAGAUGUGGCAGAGCGUCGGCCUCACGCUGCUGGUCAUCGUGGCCACGCUGGUCUGCGCGCUGCUCUUCAUGCUGUUCGGCUGGUAUGUGGUCUGGCAGCUGUUCUUGUCCAAGUUCAAAUUCCUGCGCGAGCUCCUCGGGGACGCCGGGACGCCUCAGGCCGAAACCGAACCGUCCGAGUCCAAGACCGAUCGAGCAGGCGGUGGCCCGGCCCGCAGCCGGAACCGAGCUGCGCGCCAAAAACUGGCCUCGCUGGAGAACACGUCGUAGAGAAGCCGCCCACCAUGACGGGCAUCCCUCACUGAUGCCACGCCACAGAAACGUGGACUGACUGUAGACGCCGCCCUUCCCAUCCCCACUUUAAUCUGACCAGGCAAACCUCCUGGUUUAAAGGGAAAAGCCAUCAGAGCUGAGUGCGAGUGCAGAUGAGGAAGAACCUCCACUGUUCACAGCCCAGCUGUUCUUCAAGAACACCACCAGUCCACUCUGAAACUUUGCCGACACUUUCCUGUAGAACAAAGUGCAAUGAAAGGAUCGUUCUCCAACACCCCCCCCCCCCCCCCCCCCCCCCCCCGCCGUCCACAAGGCGGGGAACCUGAUGCCUCUGAUGGGGUUUAUCUGACCCUCCAAUCCUGCCUCCUUUUUAUAGAUUUAUUUUUUCCCCUUUAGGAGUCAGGAAGCUGCUCGUCGUAGCAACCAGGCCCUCCCGCAUCAGCGUGUCUGAUCUCCCCCUCGAACCCCACCCAUCAGCAAGGAUUGCUUUCUGUUUGUCCUCAAUGAUGUUUUAAAUUCUGUGAUUCAGAACUUCUGAUCUGACUUUGAAGCUUCAGUUCAAUAAACCACUGUGCCACAAA